AUGGUGAAGUAUGUGAGAUCGCGAUUGCUUAACCGAAACCGUACGAUGGCGAAAAACGUGAAAUACAUGUUUUUCAUGUAUGGUCUUAGAAAGCAACGCGAUCUCACCUCGAUAAUGGGAACUCGUGCUCGGAUUGAAAAGGGCACGAAAGGUCGAGCAGUAAUGGAUCAAUUGGGAGACGACGCUUUCUGCGUAAAUAUGAGUACAGUGUUUGCGAAAUUGCAUGGAUUCGCUCCGUACUGGAAUCAAUGUCGUUUAAGAAUAAUGGGAUAUCUUGCAUUCUUCGGGCCACCAACAUGGUUUGUCACGUUGAACCCAAACGAGAAAAACUGGCCUGAACUUCACGCAGUUUAUUCAAAGAUCACAGGAAAGAAGGUGACUGCGAAAAAUAUAAACGAAUUUAGCCAUUACUUCUAUCGCGUCGAAUACCAACACCGAGGAACUCAACAUGUCCAUUGCUUAUUUUGGACAAAAGAAAGGCCGUCGGAAAAUGCACCGCCAAGCGAGAUCACGGAAUUUCUCGAUAAAACCCUCACCGCACGAAUGCCGACUCAUGAAGAGAAAGAAUUGAAAUCGUUGGACUUGCCGUCGCGUAACACGCUAUCGCGGCAAGCAGAUUUCUCGCUGUCGUUUUGGCUUCCCAAGACCAGCGCGCGUCGAAAAGCGUUUUUGGCGGCCAUGGAAGAGCAAGAAACAGAAGUGUGCGACGUGUGCGAACAGCUCACUGACAAUAAUGUCCAUUAUCGAGACAUCGAGAUCAAUGAGGCCUUCAAGUUUGAAGUGGGUAGAGAUGUGUUUUUCGAAAAACCAGAAGCAACACAAAAAGAUGCGGACCCAUUAAUCGACGUGGAGGGAAAAGAUGAUGAUGAUCAUCUUCUCACUCAAGUACAUAUUGAGAAUGUGCCGAUGGCGGAAAUGAAUCCACCCGAUGCACUACCGGGGCUCGCUUCCGAUCAUUACAAGCAGUUCGGAUUUAAAGCAAUACUAAAAGAAGGCACUGCUAUUCGGAGACGAAGAAGAGGAACAAUUCAGGAAGGAGAAGGUGAAAAGCUAUUUGUCGGCUGGCUAAGGAUGUUGAAAAAAAUAGAUAAGAAGGAAAAAGAAAUGAAGAUCGUGGAGUCGAUUGAAAAAGUGUUGGUGAACCCGACGAUUGAAGACAUAAUCAAGGUGGUCAAUGUGACGGCAAAGAAAGAGGAUUUCUUUUUGUGCCCGAAAGCCAAACCCGAAGAAUGCUCAGUUCAGAAUCCGUCAAAAUGUAAGAUGGUAUUGAAAGUAAUUGAGGGUGGUGUUUAUUAUGAAGAUUACUCGCAUAGUAGUUAUGUAGCUACUACUGGAUUAAAGAGGGACAAAUACGUUCCUUUCGACGUCGAUCAAUCGCAUGCUGAUGAAAUAGGAUUAAUUCGAUUUUCGGAGAAGAGAAGCAACGUGGAUCGUGUCGUUGAACCCACCCGAAAAAAGUUGUCUGGAUCUUCAAGCGGUAUAUUCAAAAAUUACAGGAAAGACGGUGAACGCAGAAAACCGGAUGCCGACUAA